AUGGAUAGAUCCCUCUCUUCUACUAGGCCCCGGCAUCUCUCCUUCUGCCAUGUAAAUUGCCAGUCGCUGCUGCCUCAUAUCGACGAGUUUCGCCUGCACUUCAUGUCCAAAACUUACCAUGUAAUCUGCCUGACGGAGACCUGGCUUAAGCCCGAGAUUUUGGACAAGAUGGUAGAGCUACCGGGUUACAAGUUACUGCGCCGAGACAGGGUGGGCAAACUUGGAGGAGGGGUGGGAAUAUUUGUGGCUGACAGUCUUCAAGUCUCUGUCUUGUCGGCGUCGCCUGAACUUUACUGCCGUUUGCCUGAAUUUCUUGUUGUGGAACUCAAGCUUCCCAAUGCUCCGGCGCUUUUGCUGGCGGUAGUGUACCGCCCCCCUCGUCUGGGCCAUCUCUCUGUUUUCGAGGAUCGGUUCACUGAGAUUAUUCCGGACUACUCUCAUGGUAUUGUGUUUGGAGACUUCAACGCGGACUUAAACGCGGCCUCGUUCGAUACUGUGCACCUCCGCGAUUUCUGUACGGCAAACGGACUGCAUAUUGUCCCUCAUGGGGCCACGCAUCACACUGCGACGUCAAGUACCCGCCUGGAUCUUUGCAUUGUCAAUGACGCAUCUAAUGUUCGAUCUUUUGGCCAAUAUCCUGUGUCAUUCCUAUCUGCACAUGACCUUAUUUUCGCGGAGUACGAUGUUAUCGUGCCGGCGCGUGAGCCUAUCUCAUUUACUUGCCGUGGGCUCAGGAGGGUGAACGCGAAGGCUCUUCUCCAAGACCUCUCGGCCUUGGACUGGGAGCCCCUGUACCAACUUCAAUCCGUCGACGAGAAGGUGGACUUUCUAAACGCAGCUAUCUUGGGAGUUUUUGACAUUCAUGCGCCAAAAAAGCAGGUCUAUGUGAAGCGGCGUCCCGCCCCGUGGCUUACCGCUGAAUUGCGAGAGUGGAUUCGUCGCAGGGAUCAGCUCCGUCGAGCCUUCGUGAAACCGCGCCUGCCUCAUCUGCAUGUUCGAUUUAUAGCAUUGCGGAAUGAGGUUAAGGCAAUGCUCAGGGCUGCACGUGACAGCUACUUCCUUGACUGCUUCCAAGCUGAAACGGACGAUGCGGCGAAGAUCUGGUCCAGGCUCUGGGACUUGGGACUACUUACAUCAGGAAAGGCCAAGACUGCUCCGGUUUUUCCCCUCGAAGCGCUGAAUGCGCAAUUCUUGUCCGCCGGCCUUGGUGUGCCUGCACAGGAUUUCCAAAUGUCUUCAGUGGAUGCGGUGGACGCCUUUCGAGUUCAACCGGCCUCGCGAGAGAGUUUCGAGGCGGCCUUGCGUGCUACGGCUUCAGAUGCACUGGUUAUUGACGGGAUAUCGGCAACAAUGCUUCGACUGGCAUUCCCUGUCAUCCGCGAACACAUAUUGCACCUGCUGAAUUUCUCCUUCUGCUCAUCUGAGUUUCCUUUGGCCUGGAAACACGCGCUUGUUUGUCCUAUUCCCAAGGUGGCUACACCGACCUCAACUUCAGAUUAUCGACCUAUCUCGCUACUCUGCACGUUGUCCAAGGUUUUUGAGCGUAUUGUGGCACAGCAAGUCAAGGCUUAUCUCGACUCACGUAAUCUCCGCGAUCCAUUUCAGUCAGCUUACAGGAAGUAUCAUAGUACGCAAUCAGCCCUACUACGUAUUGUCGACGAUGCUCGUAAGGCCAUCGACAACCGGAAUAUGUCUAUUGUGCUCUUUUUUGUUUUCUCAAAAGCGUUUGACUGUGUACGUCACGACCUACUGCUUGUCACUCUUGACGAACUUAAUUUCUCAGUUUCUGCAGUGAGCUGGUUCGCGUCCUACCUCGGUUGCCGUCGUAUGGCUGUGUAG